UAUAUCAGCUCCAUUAUUUCAUUAAAUAAACAAUAAAUAUUACUCAUUAGUUUAUAGUAUUAUAUAAUAUAAUGUUGUGCAUACAAUAGUAACAAUAAUACAUUACAUAAACACUUAACAGUAUAUCACAAUUGUGGUUUGUUAAGAUGGUAACAGUUAUUUUAAGAAAUAAUUUCUGAGCAAGUUUGACUACAGUAUUCCCAAUGGCUCAAAUGCGAAGUCGUUCUAAGUAUUAUGGUGCAGUUUUGGGGGCCCUAGUUGGAGAUUGCAUUGGAGCACAGUUUGAAAGUGGUUGGUGUCCAGUUGCUUUUAGCACUCUUUUAAAACUGACUGAUACCUUGAAAGAAAAAGUUUCCGAUGGAUCAAGUGAGAAGUGGAUGUUGUAUUACACUGAUGACACAGAGAUGGCACAUGAACUUGGAAAAUCAAUGUUGAGUAAAGGAGCAUUUGAUGCUAAAAAUGUUGCCGAGUGUUUUGGAGAAACCUACUUCGCAAGCAAGCCAUGCAGAUGGUAUGGUGGUAGCGUACCAAAUGUUUUUAAACAGUUGCAGGCAGUUAGGUAUAAAGGUGAUCCUUAUGGCCCAGCUGCAAAGCAGUUCAAUGGUCAAGGUUCGUAUGGUAAUGGUUCUGCAAUGCGUGUCUUUCCUGUUUCUUUAUUUUAUUUUGAAGAUGUGGACAAGGUUAUGCAUUUUGCCGCGUGCAGUUCAAAGAUCACUCACAGCCACAUUAAUGCAAUCAAUGGAGCCAUACUACAGGCACUUGCAGUACAUACAGCAUUGAGCAGUUCUAGGGAUACUACAUGGGACAUCGUGCUAAACAAGCUGACCAAGUAUGCUGAAAAACUGGAAGAAUCCAAAUCCAUAGACAGUCGUGUUUACUGUCAGAAACUAAAUGAAAUGUACCGGAUGAUCUUGGCAAAACACAUUCCCACUCAAAAUGAAAUUGAUGAUAAAAUUGGAACUGGAAUAAGGUCAGAUGAAGCUAUGUGCGCGGCUUUAUUCUCUUUCCUUUUAAUUCUUGCUGGGAAAUCGCCACCAGAGUUAUCUCAUUUAUCUCCAAUAUGUCAAGUCAUUCUGUAUGCAAUUUCGCUUGGUGGGGACACAGAUACAAUAGCAACCAUGGCUGGAGCAAUAGCAGGUGCAUACUAUGGAGAAGAAGGGAUACCAAAGAACUGGAUACAGGCGUGCGAAGGGAAUGAAGAAGCCUGUAACCUUGCUCUAAAUCUGUUCAAUUUUAAAGGUCCAGAUAUUGCAUCGGGUUCUAAAACUUCAAUCUAAAUUAACAACUUUAUAUACUGACAUUAGCAGGAAUACUGUAUUUUCAUUUAUUCUAGAAAUUCCUGUUGAGUUUUUAGUAUUUAACCAAUAUAGACUAGUAAUUCAGUUCACAAAUGUGUUUUGCUUGGUUACUAAAAAAAUGUUUUUGUAUGUAUUUGUAAAUAUUAUAUGAAAAAACUCUGGAACAUAUAAUUUACCACUACCCUAUACAGUGUUAAGUGUUGAAUGUCGAUGUUUAAUUUAAAAUGACUUGUUUUAUAACUUUAGGUGUAUAUGUUCUCAGAACCUCUAUAUGUGUAAAGUAUAUUUAUUGUAUAAGAUUAUUAUGCCUUAUCCGCAUGUUGAAAUGUAUCAUAAUAUUGUAAAGUUAAACUAAUUUAAAGCGUUGUCUUUUUUUUGUAAAUUUCUAAUAUUAAAAACAAUAUAUCUAUCUAUAUAUAUAUAUCAAACAGAUACACCAUGGCACGCUUAUCAGUUACACCAACAUUUUAUAACUUUGUGAUUGAUUUUAAAGCAACAAUAUAACACUAUUGCACUUGUUAUUAAAUUUCUUCAACAUGCAUUUUAG